AACAGAUUGUCACGCAGAGUUGCCUGCUUGUAGAGUUCAGUGUUUAAAAUUGGCUAAAAUUGACCCAGUUUCACCUUUUUACCCCACUCCUUGAUUGAAAAAAGCAACUUUGCAAUGGGAAAACCUACAUAAAGUACGAAAAAAGAGCAUUUAGGCUGUAAAUAUGUACUUAGAGCGUUUCGAAACUGGAAGUGUUUACACAAUUACCUCCGGCAUAACAUGAAAAUUCGUGAACUUCGAUGGUGUCUUACAGAGAUUUCAUUUCCUUCUGUAACCCAAGCCAGUUCCCAGGUAUGUUGUAAAUGAAUGUCUAAAUGUGUGAUUUAAAUAGUAUUAAGAGAAUUUGGAGUUAUACCACAUGUUAAAUAUUGCCGUCGAAAAUGAGUAACGAACGUGAUGAGUAGCGAAUCUCUCAUUUUUGAAUUAUUUCAGUACGACGAGCUUCGCUAUUGCCCUGAGAGUAUCUUCUAGUGGAAGAAAACGAAUUUUACUGUUUAUGGAAAGUGUCCAAAUUUCUCCACGCGGCUUCGUUUGCGAACGCGAGGAAAGUUGAUGUUCGCGAAUUUCAGGUUAAAAAUUAGGGCAGUCUGAGACUCCGACAUCGAAAGCCGAUCUUCUAAUUUUUCUUUCGGCAGGAACAAUCUAUAUUAGGUUUCUUAUUUACUUAAAAGCUGUCGAUGAACAAAAAAUGAAAGAAAUUGAUUUUUCAACUCUUGCCCCGCAAUUAAGAUUUUGGUCGAUCAUUUUCCUGACCGUCGCUCCGAGACGACACGUAUCAAUGACAUCAAUGUAUAGCUACGAUGCAGAAAGGGUCUAAUUAGAUCUUUCUGUACCCUGCGAGCGGAGGUUUCUCUCUUGCAUGGCUUUUGGCGUUUACGAAGUCAUUUGCGUGUCUUGUAUGUCGCGUAGUUGGUUUGUUUACACCCUGUGAGACGGAAACAAACCAACUACGCGACAUACAAGACACGCGAAUGACCUCGUAAACGCUAAAAGCCAUGCAGGAGAGAAACCUCUGCUCGCAGGGUAAUCUUUCUGCGGCUAUGCUUUAGGAAUAACUUGGAAGCAAUGCAUGUUUUAAGCAUCGCGUUUUAAAAAACGUUAAGUCCUAAUUAACAAAGCCUCUACUAAAAUUAAACGUUUUUAUUCAUAUGACAAUAUAAAUAUAUUCAGGUUAUGCAAUAAGGAACUUCUAAGUCUGGUGAUGUUAAUGGCGUUUCAUUUCCGCCAAAAUUCAACGCUCCAUUUUACAUUGUACUUUGCAUAAUCUAUCCUACAUUUUGUGUUUGUCAUUUAAUUUUGCACUCACGAUUGUAUGGCGUUUCAUUUCCGCCAAAAUUCAACGUUCCAUUUUACAUUGUACUUUGCAUAAUCUAUCCUACAUUUUGAGUUUGUCAUUUAAUUUUGAACUUGCGAUUCAACUUUUUUGCAUUCAACAUUCAACUUUGAUUUAUGCAACAUUCGACAUUCAGCUUUUCAUAAGCAGCAGUCAAGUUUUCGAAUUCGACCUUCAAGUUCAGUGGGAUGUACAUUCACUUUUUCGCAUCCAACAUUUAGCAUUUGUCCUUUAAGAUUUCUCUUCCCACAUCCGACUUUGGGCAUUGUCAGGGGGGGCUGGCAGCGAGUUCUGGAACGGAGUUUACAUGAUCGCCCCAGUUAAGAAAUUUGGCCGAGUGAGACUGAGUACCAAUUUUUCUUCACAACAAAUAUGGCGGAGAAUACAGACAUGGAAGGACGAUGAGUUUUUGCUCGGUUUUACGUUUUCCAGCAUCCAAACAUCAAUUAAUGGAAGUUUUGGACAUAAGGAGGCAUGAUGUAUGAACAGUUCAAGGGUGACUUCACUUUUCGUGAUUCGGCAUCCCGGCAAGUUCAGUUAUGUUUAAGCUCCGUGAAAUUUACGAGCGACUAGCCUGCUCCAUCUCUUACAUUUUUCCACUUACAGCGGUAUUAAGACUCUCUUCCUUAUCCUAAACAUGUGCUGCGAGCACACUGCAUUAGUAUGAGUCUUGCAACAGUCAUGUGUGAAUGUUCAUUAAACCAAUUUUCUAGUUCGCUGUUCGUAAGUUUGUUUGUACAGUGGGAGCCACAACAGAUUCUUAAGAGCUUAAAUACAGAAUAAGGGCCAAUUUAGUAAAAGCGAGGGUAAAUGUUCCACUCACUUUGCUUCACAUAUACAGGGUCUGUCAGUAUAAGCUAUUUUUAAUACCAGAAGGCUGGGAGGGGUUUACUAAACCUUCAAAACCUUCACUGGAACAUCAUUGGAGUGAUAAUCAAUAACUAUUUCCAAGAGCAAUACUGUAUUUAGUAGUUUUAUGAUAGAUAGUGACUUCAGUUUCGAGUAUUUCCUUGAAAUUGUUUGUACAAAAAUUACCCUGUAGUUCUGAAUUUUACUUGAAAUGAUUGUAAUGGUUUAGUGUGGGGACAAGAGGCUUAUAUCCAGUUGCCAAUAAGAGUGAGUACAUCAGACAGGUGUAUGCAUUGAGAAAAUCCCUCAAAGGACUGAAGUAUAAGAAUCGGAAAAAAGAAAAUUGAAUGUUUUGCAAAAUUUAUAAAGAGAAUCGGAGGGAGCUUGAAAAAUGUACAACUUCAAUUGUUUGUUUAAGUUAUGAAUUUGAUUUACAACAAAAACAAACAAGGCAAAAUUGAAUUUUUAUCAACCAUCAAAAGGAGUUAUUGUCCCGUGACCAUUUCACCCAUUAGAGUUUUGAACAGGUGUUUGGGCUGUGAAGGUUGAUGAAGAGCAGUCUAUAGUUACAUUUUUUGUACCACCAUUUUUGUCGCCAAGUGUUUUCCAUGUUUCUAAGUUUAAAAGCUAACUGAAUUAUGUAUGCUAAAUGAAAUAAAUCAGGAUUAUAAAAUAAAGUCUCUUCGCUUAAAAAGGGGAAGGGAAAUGAACAAUGUGCCCUACUACCCAUACUCUCUUUCAGUGAAAACCCGGAAAGGUGAUCUUACAUUUUAAUACCCUUUACCACCUGUUGUAACAACAAAGUCAGCGAAGGUUUAUGGUCUCUGAGAAAUGUUUUUGCCUGCCUCAACACAAGCUUCUAACUGUUAUUGUUGACUACAAAUAAUAUUAUCUUAAUAUCAUUUUACAUUUUUUUGCAAGGCAUCCUAUGGUGUUUUUCAUAUCCACUAGUACAAGGCAAUUUUUAAGUUGAGAGGGUUUAAUUUCAUAAACUACAUUUUUAUACAGAAACAAACUAACCUGGCACGUUGAUGUCCAAAGAUGUAACAAAAUUACGUGCAACUGUAUGGUAAAAACUGAUCACAGUGGCCAAAGGAAAGGCAAAAAUAGAAACGUCACCAUUUUCCUGAUUUUAUAAAUUUCCUUUGAAGCAUAUUUAGCCAGAUGUGGUCCUUGUCAAAACAUGCAAACUUGAACAUUUAUUUUCUGAUCUUAGCUAAUCUUUUUUAAACCACAAUCUUGUUCCAAGGGGUAAAUGUAAUUUUUGGAAUACACACUUGAAUGUGGACUCAAACUGAAGGCACUGUAAUAACUGCUGUCAUGAAAAGAGAAUUCCAAACACACAAAAUAAUUACCCUUUCAUUUGCCUAAGCUUCAUUUGUUGGAAACAACCGCAAAUUUUAAAUUAAAUUACACGAAGAUAAGAACUUAAGCAUAUCAAAAAGUGCAAAAUCAAUAGAGAAAUAUGAUCUAUCAAGGCAAAAUUUAUUUAGCUUCUAGUACAUAAAUAUAUGAAUUAGUUACGAGAUUUGACCAUGCCACUCAAUCAUCCAACGCAACUCCGCCAGGAUAAGUUCACAAUCAAGGAUGAAGAAUUAAGACUCUCUCAAUCAUCAUUUCUUGACAUUUUAAAGGUGUAGUAAAAUCGUAAACAACUCUGACAACUCUUCUACUCGACCACAGCCACCGCACUUUUUAAAUCUUACGAAAAAUUAAUUUUGGUCCUUUCACUUGAAAAUAUGAACUCUUCUACAUACGUAUUGGAGGGUUGGCCCUUCUUUUAGUCUUGUGGGUCUUCUAAAGAGAAACACAGCUUGAGAGUCCAUAUCUGGAGAGGUGAAGUGAGUCAAAAGUCGCGCAUCGAGGAACAAUGUCAGUUUACGAUCAAUGUUCACUGGUCUCGUUCUUAGCGUAGUAAACCGCAUGUAAUGACAAACGCAAGACCAGACGAAAGGAAAACGUAAGCUCCACAUUACUGCGGACAAAGAUUGGUUACAGCAAAGAAAGCAAUGACCACCGGGACUAAAAGCGAAUUCACUUCACACUGUCGAAUCGCUGCGAAGACGAACUUCUUACUGUUUUUGUUUCAAGCCCGUUUCGCGCAUGCUCGCUACAAUUCUCGCAUGAUGGACAGAUUUCUUAACUGGGGCGAUCAUGGAAAGCCGAAAAGCGGCAAGAUCAAAGGCCGUUGCCAGCCCCCCCUGGGCAUUGUAUUUGCAAGUUUCCGUAUUCGACAUUCAACUUUUCGAAUUGAACUUUUACCCGCUGGUCAGCGACCGAUGGAGAUCGAGGGCUCAAUUGACCUAACCCACCUCUGCUCAAAGGGUGGUCGAGAGUCGGUCGAGAGACUUUCCAGUGGAGUGGACUCGGGAGACCUUCUCCACCGUGUGAUAAAAGCCGCCGAUCGCCAAGAUGCUGCUGCACCUGCUGAUUAAAGCGAGGUGAGAGCCCCUCUUUUGAGGGUAGCGGACUGUCUGUCUACUUUGGAGGAAACACUGUCUCCAAGUAAGUAUCGGGCAACCCUUGUCAAGUAUGAAGAAGUUAUGUGUUCAAUAAAGUUCGUGUUGGCGCCGACACAAGCAUAUAUGUACGGAUAAUGGCUCAGUCAAUUCCAAGCGUGCUCACCCCCGUCCCCCGGGUAUUUGUCGGGCAUUUGUCAUCUUGUCGGUCCCGGCCGUGGGGAUUUGUCAGAAAACCUCUUCCCGGGGGUGGGGCAUUUGUCAAUUCUUCUAGAAGAGGUUAACGUCGUUCCUCUUUCAACAUCCAGAUACUUUAGAUAUUUCUAUAAAUAAAAAGAUAUGUAUGGUUUUCCGGCUCCAUCACUUCCCUACCUAGGCUACGAGUAGUCCCCAUUUUUCUUCAGGGAUAGUAGAGCGAGCGAAACGCGAGCGGGCGUGAAAAUUACCCCACUCGAGAAAGGCCUUUCUCCAAUCUCGACUCAGAGCUCUUCUGCGCAUGUAGAGGAGAGAGAUCAAGAGCUCUGGGGAACCCUGGAGCAGGAUUGUCUCUGAUUUGUUUCAGCAAAAACACAAUUAAAGUGUCUCUGAUUGGUCCAUUCAAGUUUGCACAAGAGCGGUUGAUCGUCCUGCUCUGAAGCCAGAGCACGACCGGCCGACUCUUGAUUUUGGCGAUUCGAAAACAACAUUUGCACGACUAAUGAGGCAGAAUUACUGGAUUUUCUAAUUUUCAAAUAAAAUAGCUUAGCUACAUAUCGAAAAUUGAACCAGAAAAUAAAAUUGAAAUACCCCGGCAUCUUUGCCAACGAUAAUUUAAGAAGCAAGACACAUUACUGUUUUUUAUUUGCCUUCCACGUGCUCGUAUUCACACGAAGUAGCCGAGUAUGAAUGAAAACUUGAGCUUCUUGUCGUAAAUUGCCCAAAAACAGAAUUGCAAGAAAACAGAAAAACAAAAAAGCAAAUCGUUCCCUAAAGUGAUGCGUGUACAAUGCGACUAGAUAUUAAACAAUUAUUGGAUGAGAUUGAGCAUGAUAGCAUGAAUUAUCAAAACCGAGGUCUGUGUCAUCGGCUGAGGCAGAUAAUACAGACACGAGGUUUUGAUAAUUCAUGAUAACAUGCGAAAACCGAAUUCAAUAAUUGUUUUAUUAUACAUUUUUUAAACAAUGGGCAAAAGAAGACAUUCAGCCAUUCUGUUUCUGAGGAGAACACUCCAAGGCGCUUGGUAACCAGGCAGACGUUGAACUUGACAUGAUAAAUGCAAUAUCUGCAGCAGAUAUUGCAUUUAUCAUGUCAAGCUCACAAGCUAUUGUGAAUUGAUUGAAUGCUCUCGACCAAUCAGAUUUUUCAUAGUGAGUCUGAUGUAUAAUAAUUAUAGUUGUCCUCUUUUCCCACGAUAUUGCAUUUCAAAGCAGCUUUGCUGAAGUAUUAAUGUUCAUGAACAAACAUAAAUAAAAGGACGCUAAAUUCAUAUUUCGGAAAGUUUUAUUGGAAUUUCGAUAUGUUUAUCUUGACAAGCCGUUCGGGUUUCACCACAGGUAACCCAGGCUCUGUGAUAGUACCACAGUACUCGUUUCAGUAAAAUUACAGUGUUUGUAUGGGGUAAAAAUACGAUCCAAAAAUUUGUAGGAAAUACUAAAUAAAAGUCAAUGAAACAUACCCUACAGUUAGUUGUUGUUGUCCUUAUUACUCCAACGAAGCUUCGUGAUAAUUUGUUCAAAUUCACUCUAUAUGCAAUAAUAAUAUACAUGGUAGGAGACGAGAUGCCAUCUUCGCCGCCAUGCUCUCAUUCAACACAACUUUUUCCACGAAAUUCGAAAUCCAACAGAAAAUAAACAUGCCAGGAUCGUAGUAAUAGGAUGGCAUCAGAUAUAGAAACCAAUGAAGCUUUCCCAGAUAGAAAAACGAAUCCCGCAGACUUUGACAAACUCGAAGGAUGUAAUCCAAAAAGGCCGAGAAUAUGCUGGCCAAACUAGCCGGGCCAGAUCAACGCGCGGCCAAGAAAAUGAGGCCUGGGCACUGUACCAAAAAAAUCCAUCCCGGGUGUCCUGGGUUGACCUUUCUAGGGACCGAUACAUAGCUUUACUAAAGUUAGUCACCCCUGCUGGAAAUACAUUUCCCCCAGGGCUAUUGUUCACUUGAGACAAACGCGACUCGCCCAAGCGAACUACAUUCCAGUGCACGCGUCAAAAUGAGAAAAAAGGGAAACAUGUAAAAGGUGAUGUUUGCAUUUUACAAUUUUUUUAACCCUCGGAAAAUUCCAAUUUUCAAAGCGCAAAAGCUUAAUUGACCACGACGACAGCGACAACAUUAACAACAAACACCAAUUUUAUAGAUUAGCAAAACAUGCGCUGGGAAUGUGCAUCACACUAUCACACUUAACUUGAUUGUUUAUUUAAAAAAAGCGUGAUACACGUGCUUUUUUUCUCAUUUUCACGCGUGCACUGGAACAUGUAGUUUGCUUGGGCGAGUCGCGUUUGUCUCAAGUAAACAAUAGCCCUGGAGCAAAUGUAUUUCCAGCAGGGGUAGCUAACUUUGGUAUAAAAGCUAUGUAUCGGUCCCUAGAAAGGUCAACCCAGGACACCCGGGAUGGAUUUUUUUUGGUACAGUGCCCAGGCCUCAUUUUCUUGGCCGUGCGUUGAUCUGGCCCGGCUAGUUCGGCCAGCAUAUUCUCGGCCUUUUUGGAUUACAUCCUUCGAGUUUGUCAAAGUCUGCGGGAUUCUUUUUUCUAUCUGGGAAAGCUUCAUUGGUUUUAAUAUCUGCUGCUAUCCUAUUACUACGAUCCUGGCAUGUUUAUUUUCUGUUGGAGUUCGAAUUUCGUGGAAAAAGGUUGUGUUGAAUGAGAGCAUGGCGGCGAAGAUGGCAUCUCUUGUCUCCCACCUUGUAUAUUAUUAUUGUAUAUAGAGUGAAUUUGAACAAAUUAUCACGAAACUUCGUUGGAGUAAUAAGGACAACACCAACUGACUGCAGGGUAAGUUUCAUUGACUUUUCUUUAGUAUUUCCUUCAAAUUUUAAGAUCAUAUUUUUACCCCUUACAAACACUGUAAUUUUACUGGAACCUUACUGUGGUACUAUCACAGUGCCUGGGUUACCUGUAGUUUCACUUACCACCUCGUGAAGUAGUCCACAGAAAUAUUUAAUCAACUGUCAAGGUCGUCAAGCAUAUGCAAACUUCAAGUCUCAAGUCUGUGAUUGGGAACGUUUAACGGUAUUUUCUCAGCAACUACCACAAGAGCCUUGGAUACCUGAAAAUUCUUCAAGGCCGUUUACUGAAUUUCUUCAGUUCUAAUAGCUAAGCAGUACAAGACGUUCGCGAUGAAGUAGAUAUAACAGAAGCAACAAGUUUUGGUUGGAUCAAAGAGCAUGCGUUCUGAGGCCCAAAUAGCCAUAUUUUGGCUACUCCGGCGCAGAGUUUCCCAGACCUUACGCGCAUUCCCAAACCCGUAAGCAUUGGGGUCGAGAAUGGCGUCGGGUGAUUUUCACGCGCGCUCGCAUUUCGUCCGCUCUACUACCCCUGAGGAAAAAUGGGGACUACUCGUAGUCCAUUCCCUACCCCACAGUAUGUUUUGCAUCUGUUCCGCCAUCAUAUGGAUGAAAAACAAUCAAUGUAUCGUUUAAAGAGUUUAAGGGAAAGACACUUCCUUUGUCCCGUGAAUGUUUGAGGCGGAAAUGCCUAGAAAAACUCUGUGAUUAUACAAAAGUUGAUAUAAACUUUGUGUAUUGUACGAUCAAUGCGACAAUACGUUGACGUGGUGUUGCCCACUGCUGCAAUCAAAAAUCGGUCUGCACAAAACCCCACAGGCGGCCCAAGCUCUAGCCUCCCACGCAGACGUUAAGGGGAUGGGGCAGUCACAUUCGUCAAGCGUUCCUCCCGAAUUAAUCCCCCUUAGGACGUCUGCGUGGGAGGCUACCCAAGCUCUCGCCAUACAAGUGAUUUCAGAAAAAAAAUAUCCAGCACUGAAAAAAACAUAUCUCUUGUGGCAUGUAAUGCUGCAGAAAAAUAUGUUACCCGUUAUAUGCCAGAGAAAUAUAUUCUAACUCUACUGGCCGGGAGUAAAUCACCCGUAAAACUCUCCUCAAAAGUCAAUUGGUCGACCCCUAAUCAUUAAAAUUGCACAAUCCUUGAUUUGUAUCGGAAUUCAGGUUAAAUAUUUAGGAGAUUUGUACAGGUAAUCACAUGAUUUCGAGUGCAAUUUGGAAUAAAUAAGCACAAGUAAAUUUUUUCAAAGGCUAACAAAAUUGCACGAGCCCGUAGGGCGAGUGCAAUUUGUGGUCUUUGAAAAAAUUUACGAGUGCUUAUUUAUUCCAAAUUGCACGAGAAAAAUCAUGUGAUUACUUAUUAAUAAUAUUCGUGAAAAAAAUGCGAGAUAGCUUUAAAAUCACGUAAACCACGUGCAAAAAUAAUUUAUUCAAGUGCUGCAAAUAUCAUCACACGUGCAGUCAAAACAACAUUUUUCUCGACGUUUUUAAAGUUUACAAGCCGCAGAAACGGGCUAAACAGUUAGUGGAAUCGUUCAAUCUGUAUCGUAGUCACUUACGAUGAAACGCAAUCGCCGUUUGCAAGGGCAAAUGGUAGGCGAAGUCUUGUUGUUGAGGUUGAAUGUUACAUUGCAGUUGGUGAAGGAAUUCAUUACAUUCUGCGCUUGUGAACUCAUCUUAUGAGAAAUUACUGCACUUGAAGUAGGACCAGGUGUAUUACCCGCUGGCUUCGGUGUGCUGUUCUUUCGUGAGAUGGCCCACGAAAGCUGUCGCUGUUCAUCUUCGUCUGCUUCAUCAUAGUCAUCUAAAGACUGGAUAUUUCUGUGACCAGUGACUUUUGCAAUUGCCGACCUUUCGAGAUUCGCCUUUUUCAUUUUGCUGACUACUGUUUUACGGGCACUGUGAUUGGAAAACCGCUUCUCAGAUGUCUCAAUGCUGGUUCCGGAGAUGAUGCUCUUCAUCAUGGAGUUGAUUUUAUUUUCUCCCAUGGGCUGUACCUUGUACCAAAUUUCGUCGUCGGCUCGUCUGUUGUACUUUAUCGAGAGAUAAAAUGGACCACUCGUCCUCAGAUUGGGAGGUCUACGGCUAAUGUACUGACGAAAUAAAGCAACUGGACAUUUUCCUUCCCCGGUCUGAAACAUUUUGGGCUGGAACUGUCUUGGCUUUGCACUCAAACCUCCAGGUCUUGUUUUCGUAGGCCCCUCUGCAAACUCAACAAAUUCGAUGCCGUCGUCACCGUUCAUGAUUCUGAAAUCCUCCAGUCUCAUUCCGUGGUGUUCUUGCCUUCCACGAAGACCAAAGUGUUGGGUAAGGAGCCACCACAUUGUUUGAAUAAAGAUUCUUGGUUAUUACCUCCGAGUUUUUCGCUCUUCCAGAGAAUUUCUUCUUCCUCCUCUGAUACUUGUCGAGCUUUGUUUGGGCGCUUACCACGGCCAGCCAAGCGAAGCUGUUUCGCUUUGCCUUCCAACACCUGUUUGGACGAACUAAAUUCUCGGUCACGUACAAUGGACAAGGUGUAGCCUUUGUUCUUUAAGUGUCUGUCAAGCGAUGCCAUCAUUACUUUGAGGCUUUCUGGUUCAUAAUCUUCACCUUCUCUAUUUUUUACUUCGACGUAGAAAUGCUCGAGCAAAGUGUUAAGCUCAGCCGGCUCAUAAUUUUCUAUUUCAUCUGUAAUAUUCUUCUCUAAGCACCACUUCUUCCAAACAGAGAGCCAAAAAUCGGUGCUUUUUGCAGUGUUUUCGUUUUUGGAGCAGUUUUUCAUGUCCUCUAUAGUUGUUGCGGUCGGAAAAGCAAAUCUGCUACAAAUGCCAGCCAUUGCGGUUUUUGCUCGAAACUGGUCAAGAGCGGAUCCAAAUUUUGCGCCAUUCAGAUGGCGCACUUGAUUGGCUCUCAGUGAGUUCCUUUGUUUACUAACCAAUCAGAAUGCCUCGUUUGUUACCUCUUUUCUGCACUAAAUUACCUUUUUUCUGCACUCAAUUACCUUUUUUCUGCACUGUGUUACCAAAAAACUGCAUUUCUCUUAGCCAAUCACAAUCGAGAAUUUUUUCAUGUAUAUUAUUAUUCAUGAAAUACACCUUUCCACUAAAGAGGGAAAUUUCAUAUAUCCCAUGAUGCUUCGCGGCUAAUUUCUGUCUUCUCUCCGCGGUGGAAAGAGCGUUCGAGAGUUUCGAGGGAGAUUUUUAACGACCAGAAUUUCAAGAUGCAGCUCAUCCAAGGUAAGUUUCAAUGAGCCCUGUUAAUCGUUGGCAUCUGAUUGAUAAUGUAAAAUGUUUCCAAGGUCAUUUCACACAUUAUUGCUCUCGAUUACGACCCUGUUAAGCCAUGCUGUUUUAACUCGUAAGUGAAUAUCCAUUUAGAUGACUUUCAAUUUUCGAAAACUGUCUUUAUUCUAGAAAGGUUUUACCCUAAUAAAUUAUUUAAAUCGGCGGGCAAGGGGUGCUUGAUACUAGUUCCACGCUCCGACCUCUUUCGACCUCUUUCGACCCCCCCUUUCUUCCCACUAAAGAAGACAGUCGGUUGGACAGUACUCACCUCCCUCGAAGACUGUGCAGCGGCAUCCAGGCGAUCGGCGAUGUUCUAACGUCGACGUUUGGUUUGUCGGGAGUGGAGAAGGUCUCCCGAGUCCACUCCACUGGAAAGUCUCUCGACCGACUCUCGACCACCAUUUGAGCGGGGGUGGGUUAGGUCAAUUGAACCCACGAUCUCCAUCGGUCGCUGACCAGCGGGUAAAAGUUCAAUUCGAAAAGUUGAAUGUCGAAUACGGAAACUUGCAAGUACAAUGCCCAAAGUCGGAUGUGGGAAGCGAAAACUUGAAGGACAAAUGCUAAAUGUUGGAUGCGAAAAAGUGAAUGUACAUUCCACUGAACUUGAAGGUCGAAUUCGAAAACUUGACUGCUGCUUAUCAAAAGUUGAAUGUCGAAAGCGAAAACUUGAAUGAUUGAAUGUUGCAUAAAUCAAAGUUGAAUGCAAAAAAGUUGAAUCGCGAGUGCAAACUCAAAUGACAAACACAAAAUGUAGGACAGAUUAUGCAAAGUACAAUGUAAAAUGGAACAUUGAAUUUUGGCGGAAAUGGAACGCCAUAGUUAUGAAUGUACUAGUAAUAGUUGACACUACAGCUGCCCCGGCUCUGUAUAUUGUCGGUCAAUAGUAUUCUUGCUCGAUGUGUAGCUCUUUGAAAUAUACAGAUUCAUAAGGAAGAUUUUUACACAUAUUCCGUACAAUAGGUGAGAUAAAUACAGGAAACGCAAGGUUCCAUGCACAGUUUCAGGUCGAUUUACACAGCUUUGAUCAAAACAUUCUCAGUUUCGAGAAUAGUUUAUUCUAAACCAUAAGAAAAGAUUUAAUUAGAAGUUUAAUUUUUCGCUAUUUCUCUUUCACUUUUUACAUUCAGUUCAUUUUAUUUGCCGGAAAGGAAGCCUUAGAAAUUAAAAGGACGUUUGAUCAAUUCACACUCGCGCUUUCUAGUCUUAUUUUAAACUUUAUAGCAGAAGGACAUUUGUGAGCAGGGAAUAAGUCAGCACAGAAUUUGAUUGUCGGCGAAUUUCUGUAAUCGUCCAUCGUUCUGCUAGUGAGAAGCUAGCCGUUGUUCACUCGUCUUGCUUGUUUGGGGCUUAGUCUUAUUCCGGUCAAAUAGAGAGAAAGAGUGUCUGGCAAGGUUUCCAAUGAAAGAUUUGUGAACUCGUGUCUGGCAAACUCUUUAAGUGUUUAUAUAUACACAUACGCACCUUAUAACUUCCUCUGCGCUUAACGAGUGUCGUUAAAAUUUUAGUCCAUAACUUUCACUGAAACAACUGCUCCACAGAAUGUCACUGAUAACACGUAAUGCAAAAGAGUCUCGAAGUAUGAAUGCACAAUAAAUGUCACAAAAUCUGCCUAAGCGGUCCCUUGGGGAUGUUCUGUCUUUACGUCGUCCUAACCAUUUCGUACUUGCGGGCGCAAACAAUAGAAACGUCAUCAUUGCCCACCGAUUCCUCGCGGCCCUAGCCUCCCACGCAGGCGUUUUUAGGGGAGCUCGUUUUUCAUCCCUCCCCACAAAUGCCUGCUCAACCGAAGACAACAUUCUUCUCCCAAGCUUAGCCAAUCACAUUGUACUUUCCAAAUUCUAGAGAGUUGACCUUGACCGCAAGGUAAUCUGAUAAUUACUCGAUCUGCAUGAAACACUGGGAAAGCUUUCUGACCUCUAAUAAAUGUUAGAUUCAGAGCGGCAAAAAUAAGAGUUAGUCACUUUUUAGAAUACUCCAUGCACUGCAUAACCUUAGCGAAGGAAAGAAAAGAAAGAAAACGGUAACUCUAGGGUAACGUUUCAGUCGUGUUUAGCCUGUCAACACUUCAUUGCACAACUGUUGAUUCGUCACUUACCACGCAAAUAAAACAAUGGGAAAGGAAUGUUGUUUUCGGUUGAGCAGGCGUUUGUGGGGAAGGAUGAAAAACGAGCUCCCCUAAAAACGCAUGCGUGGGAAGCUAUCGCGGCCCCUGUUCAAGCAAAUCGAGAUCUUUUCUGUGACUGUAUGACUGUAUAUUUCAUCUGUAAGUACUUUCCUUAAUAUACGCGCGAGUUACUAGAGUGCCUCCUCGGGAUUUCACCUUCUGGGCGAAAUCCCUGCGGGGGCAAUAAAAAUAGGCCAUUUCCGAGUUCCCCCGGGCCUCUGUAUCAAAACGAGGUUCAGUGCUCAGCCUUUGAUAUGGAAAUGAUUUUUCAUUCUCAUUCAAUUACAACUCAUUCUCACAAGAAAAGUUGUGCACUUGGCCUCAUUUUGAAAGUGAGGGUUUUUGGAACUCCGAAGUGGCCUAUUGAAAGUUCCGUUUUAAUCAUGAAGUACUGUGCGACUCCCUAGUUAACUCAAGCAGUGAGGUAGAACAGUAAGAGGUGAUACUUUGGAGACAAUUUUGAGUUUUGUUAUUAAUUUUGGAGAAAACGGAUUAAUAGUCUCCACUAUGGCUACUUUUUUUUUGUUUUUUCUGAAAUCUGCUUCAUUUUAAAAACAGACCGUCAAUGCCACUUACUGACCCAAACGUGACCAAACGUAUCUUCUGAAGCAGAACGAAAAAAGAGACCAUUAUCGAUCUAAAAAAACGAAUAGCGCCGGUCAGAAUAGUUUAAAUGCGAUACAGAACCGUACAGUAUUUUAUAUAAGUUCGUUAGUUUAAAGUAAAUUAGCCGCCCCAUACCCAAUAAGAUGUCAGUAUAGAACGGGUCUGAGGCCCCGGUUGGAGGGGGGGGGGGGAUCUUCCUUAUAUGGCCUAUACGGGGAUGUGCCGCUGGACAGGGUACGGUUUUCGUCCUCUCUGUCCCAAGUCCUAAACGGGGUAAACAAUUUUGCUUAAGUCUGUCCUAAACAGUGUGCAUAAUUUGUUAAACAGGGUGUUUCAUGCACGAUCGAUUUCGUAUUAGUGUGGAGUUGUCCUAAACAGGGUACUAAAAUUGAGGGUGUUGUCCUAAACAGAGUACGUAUUUUAGGAAUUUUUUGUCCUAAACAGGGUCAGGGUUUCAAACCCUCAGCGGCUCACCUAUACCCAAAUAUUAGUCGAGUACCCCCGGGGGUCUGAGGUACAUUUUGAUUGUUAGUUUGGAAGUUCCGUCGUGAAGAAAGUGCCAUUCCAUACACGAUGCAGGACAAUAUGCCCAUAAGUGAUCGCCUGAUCAUCAUUGAAUCGGAAGUUCGAAAUGAUUGGACUUUGGGAUCCUCGGAUUGAGAUUAAUGAAGUGAAUUGGAAGGUCUAAAUAAUUUGACUUUGUGAUUGCCUGAUUGAAAUUAAUGAAGGGAAUCGGAAGUUCUAAAUGAUUUUGUUAAAGUAUGCAAAAACAACCAAUAUUUUAAAUUAUUUUGAGUGUUGUUUUAUUUACACAAAGUGGGCAAAGUUGAUUUUAUCUGUUUGAUUUGGUUGAAAGAUUUUGAAAUCUGUCUUUUGUUCAUAUUAAGAGAUGGACCAUUAGAAAAGUGAUGGUGGGGUGGGUGGGGCCAAAGUCAAAAAACAUUUUCCCAGGAAAUUAUUAAUAAAAAAACACAUUCCUACGGAUGUUGGCCAAAAAAAAUAUGCCCAAGGAGGAUUUGUGUAGUAAGACUAUUACAGAUCAACUAUGAAGUGAAUGACAAGUCCAGAUUGGAAAUAAAACGUGAUUUUUUUAAAUCUCAACAUGACUCAUGAGUAAAUAUUGUUAAGGACUACCUUGAUUUGUACAGUCGUAGGUCAGGCAUUGAAAUUGAAGAGUUCAACAUUUUACAUGACGAUGUAUUAUUCACAAAUCUUUGCUGACCAAACAACUAGGAACUUUUUGGAAUAAAAGUUACCCUGUGUAUUGAUGUAUAUUAUUAUUCAUUCAAAAUAUUUCUUCAGUAAUUCACUAUAACCAGUUACUGCUGACCAAAAUUGGAAGAAUUUUGUGUU